AUGAUGGUGCAAUUAAUGGUCGGUUCGUUCUUUCUAAUACUGCGGCGUAUGGACAGGAUUUCUGCUGCACCCAAUAUAAGAGCUAAUCAGCGACGUGAUCUGUUCAGCCUUUUCUGGGCGUUUGAAACAUCAGCACUGGUCGAUCUCGGUUACCAUGUAAGUCUGUUCAUUUUGGCAGACGACAAAAAAGGCUGCAGCGGUAUAUUUGACCACGAUCAACUGCGUUAUUCAUUGAUGAAAUUCCCAUACGAUAUAAUCUCAUUUCUUAUGCCUGUCUGGGCAAUUCUUUACGUUUUUCGUUCUUCUUCGAAAAGGAACACUUAUGACGAUGAUUUGACGGAGUCGUUUUAUUCGUCACGUUCUUCAUCAAUCUCUUCUAUUGCGGAUGUAGUGGUUGUACGUAAUUGGCGUCGUCGUUACCGACCCCUUACACAGCCAUCUAGCCAGGAUCAGCCGAUUCUGUCUGGACGUCGUCCUCGACCAUCACCUGGUAGUGCUGCAGGUCGUCUACGUCCGGUGAGUUCGGCACCGACAAUGGUGGUUGGGCGUCGCGUAUCGACCUCGCGAAGCCUGGUUAGCAGUCCUUUGUACUCGAUUCCGGAGGAGCUAGCGAAUCAUGAACACGACGUAGCUGCUGUAGUUGGUUCGAUCGAUCGACUAUCAAUGGCACCAUUGAAUGUAGAUUUAGAACAUUAA